GGCGUCGGUCCAAGUUGCGCGUGAGCCGGAGCCAAUUCGAGAUCCCAUCCGUCUCGCCCACCGACCCGUCCGUCACUCCCCCGAAGAUACGAUAGCUUACUCGUUUGCCGACGGCACCACCCACCCACCCUUCCCUCCGGCUACCCGUCACCACUCUUGCGCGCAGCAGUACGCGGUCUAUCUGCUUCGUGUUCCCCAACUGCUUAACGAUCCGAUAACCCAUCGAACCCCUCCACUUCAGUCACAAUGUCCGGCCUUUGGAACACCCUCACCGGAGGCAACAAGAAGCAGCAAGAGCAGCAAGAGCCCGCCGCACCCGCCCCCAGCGCACCUCAGACAACCACCACCACCACCUCCGCUCCUUCAUAUCCCUCGCCCUUCGAUGCUAGCCAGCCCCAAGGUGUCGAGGCCUUUCUCGGUAGCUCUUCCUUCGCCGACCCCACACAACUACACCCUCUUGCCGGCCUCAACAAGGAAACACUAGAAUACAUCUCGCUUGAGGAUACCCCGCUGCCCGAUGCCGCCGGCGCCUCAGUUCUGCCCUCGCGCGGCUUCACUGACGACCUCUGCUACGGAACCGGUAUCACCUACCUGACGGCCCUCACUAUCGGAGGCGCGUGGGGUUUGAAAGAGGGUCUCCAGAGAUCGGCCGGCCAGCCGCCCAAGCUGCGCCUCAACUCCGUCCUUAACGCUGUCACCCGUCGCGGUCCCUACCUCGGCAACUCGGCUGGUGUUGUCGCCAUCUGCUACAACCUAAUCAACGCCGGCAUUGGUUACGUGAGGGGCAAGCACGAUGCCGCCAACUCAAUCCUGGCCGGUGCGCUUAGUGGUAUGCUCUUCAAGAGCACCAGGGGUCUGAAGCCCAUGAUGAUCUCGGGUGGUAUUGUUGCGACGAUAGCCGGUACUUGGGCGGUCGCCAGGAGGACGUUCUUCCCCUCCCCCCAGACCAACGAGGUUGACUGAAGUGGGGACGAAGAAUGAAAUAGGAAACAAAAAAAGUCAUCUUCUGUUCCCUUCAUCCCACGACUCUCUGGCCAUCUAUCGUUGCUCCAUGAAAAGAGUGCAUAGCUAGCCAGCCUUCUCUAUUAUUUUAAUCUUCGAGAGAACUGACAGAAGAAAACCAGUGUCUUUCUCACCAGCACGGAAGACCACUGCGAUGAAGAUGUGUGUGUGUCCUUGGUUCAACACGGAGCAAAAGGGCAGCAGACACGAACUGGUGGAUGUGUACGAACAAGAGAGGGAAGAACGAAAAUAAAGCGACACUGGGCUGGGCAGGGCUUGAACAAGGCAGGACAUGGAAGAGGGGCCAAAGGGCAGGGUGUGUGCAUAGUGGUGCAUAGCGCAAGGGUUAGUCUCAUCUCUCUCCUCCCCGUGUGUGGAAAAUUGUAUGUAUUAUAGCGGAUCAUAUGGACAUAGAGCGCAAUCGCCCUGGUUGGGCAUAUGGGGCAUUGCGGCAGGCUUCAUUCAAACUUUGAGUCUAUUGCGGGUUGUACAUGACUGUUGGCUCCGGGUUUUAUGAUAAGAUAAUAGAGAGGUAAUGUUUGGUGUGGGAUAUAUUGGGCAUGUCACCCUGCCACACGUUGGUGUCGAAAAUGACUGCAAGCAGGUGUGAGUUCAAAGUUCGAAGCGACUUAGGGGCAGGACUACGAAUGAACAUAUCCACUCUCUUAG